CUCUUCCCCUUCCCCUUUCCAAUAAAGCAUAUUCUCUUCUCUGCCGUCCAACCUAGUCGCUCUCUGUGUCUCUCUUUUUUUUGUUUAUUAUAUCAUUCUGUUUGCACGAAGCGAUAUGGGUUGGAAUGGACGUCUCAAAAACAUGGUCAUCGUGAUUACUUUAAUGGUGGCCUUGGUUGUUGUUCAACAUGUGAAGUGUGGGGACUCAGCUCGCAUAUUGCUUCAGCAUGGUGGCUUCGUUCAACGAAGUAGCACCAACUUCGUUCUGAAUAACAAGCGUUUCUACUUCAACGGAUUCAACGCGUACUGGUUAAUGUACAUGGCAUCUGACCCAUCCACAAGGCCCAAGGUCACUGCCGUUUUGCAACAAGCUUCCAACCAUGGCUUAACUGUUGCUAGAACUUGGGCUUUCAGUGAUGGAGGUUACAGAGCACUUCAGGUUUCUCCCGGUUCCUACGACGAGAAAGUAUUCAGGGGAUUGGACUUUGUAGUAUCAGAAGCGGGAAAAUAUGGGGUGCGUUUGAUACUGAGCUUGGUGAACAACUGGAAAGAUUUUGGUGGGAAAAAUCAGUAUGUGCAAUGGGUAAAGGAACAUGGACAGUACGUGAACAGCGAAGAUGAUUUCUUUUCACAUCCUAUUGCUAAGCAACACUACAAAAACCAUAUUAAGGCUGUGCUGACAAGAAAAAACACAAUAACUGGGGUGGCAUAUAAGGACGAUCCUGCCAUAUUUGCGUGGGAACUUAUGAAUGAACCCCGUUCCCAACACGACAACUCCGGAAAAGUUAUUCAGCAAUGGGUGAUUGAGAUGGCUGCCUACGUCAAAUCCAUCGAUAGCAAUCAUUUGCUGGAAAUAGGACUCGAAGGGUUCUAUGGUGAAACAAUGCCAGAGAAAAAACAAAUCAAUCCAGGGUACCAACUUAUUGGCACUGAUUUCAUUUCUAACAACCUAGUUCACCAAGUUGAUUUUGCUACCAUGCAUCUCUACCCUGAACAAUGGUUGCCAGGCUCAAACGAAGCUGCUCAGGUUGCAUUUGUUGACAAAUGGCUACAAACACACAUUCAAGAUGCCAAAAAUGUUCUGGCGAAGCCUAUUGUUGUUGGUGAGUUUGGCAAGUCUUUGAAGUCAUAUAGCGUGGUUGAAAGGGACAAUUACUUGAGCAAAAUGUAUAAUGCCAUAUACAGUAGUGCUAGUAGUGGGGGACCCUGUGCGGGUGGGCUUUUUUGGCAACUCAUGGCUCAAGGAAUGGAUGGUUUUCGUGAUGGUUAUGAAGUUGUUUUCGAGGAGAGUCCUUCAACUACCAGAAUUAUAGAUCAGCAAUCCCACAAAAUGUCAAGUAUUGCUUAGUGAACAAGCAUUAAUGUCGCCUACCUAGCUCAUGUAAAUAUAUAUGUAACAAACUUAUAGUUUGUUUGGUUACUUAUAUAUUCCUCCCAUUACAAGCACUAUUCAUGGGAAAAUACCGCGUGGUGUGAGCAAAUUAAUCAGAUGCAAUAAUUAUAUAUGGGUGCAAUGAUAUAUCAAGAAGACAAUUUUUAAAGAA